GCAGAACAACGGAUCUAUCUUAAUCUUGCAUGUCUUCCAACAUAUCUAUGAACCCUGUAUGUUUUUAAACAUGCAUGUCUAUCAGCAGACCCUUGAAUCUUGCAUGUUUUGAAUCUUGCACGAAUCUUGCAUGUUCUGAAUCUUGCAUAUCUUUCACUAGACCUAUGACUCUUGAAAGUAUUGCAGCUGACUUCCAGCUGUAUUUCUGUCGUCUGCACAUAUUUUGCUUCUGUGACUUCUGCACGUAUAACAACCUUUCUGUGACUGCUCAACAUCUAUGACAACUGCAUGCCUCACUUCCAUCUUUAAAACCUGCAUGAGUGCUAAUUCAUCUAUCAAGGUAUUUUCAGGUAUUUCGAGUUUUGAUUUUAAUUUAUAUUUUGUAAAUUAAAUCAGAUAAUUAGUAAGCGGUAUCGUUAAAUGUAAUUGACCUGUUAUGACAAUCGGCCAUUUCCGUGCAUUUGCGUAUCCUCUGUAACCGAUUUUAAUAUCCUUCAACCAUACAAAAAAUGUUUCCAUAACGACUGAAGAAUGCCAAAAUCGCAUUCGCAGAAUACGUAAAUGAACGGAAAUUGUCGAUUGUCAACACGGGUCCGCCUAUCUAACUAUUCGUAUAAUGUCUGCAUAGCAAUAUCGUAGAAAUAAGUAAUUAUUUUGCUCUAAAGAGGAAGUACGGAAGGAAGAAAUAUAGAUAGUUCCCGAGUAAUGCAAUAUUUAUCCACCUUGACAUAACUGGCUGCCAUUAUGGGGUAAAACUUCUAGAUAUGUAGUAGAGAUAGAGAAUGUACUACAGUUCCAUAUAAAAUGACAUCUAAAGUCUUUAUUUUCUUGUCUUUUAGGUGCUGAAUUCAAACUUUCUCACCGAAUGAAUACAACGAGGAAAAAAGCGGGAUCCACAGUGAACAAUCGACUGAACUACACGAGUUCAAAAUCACAUACAAUGCAGUCACCUGUUUAUUCAACUUUGUCAAUGACAACCCAAAAGUAUUCAUCAGCUGACCUUAUUCCCAAGAAUGAUAUGGUAAAAUUAAUAGAAAAAUACAAAGAGCAAAGCAAAAGUACCUCAGCUAAUUUCUUUCAAACUGACAGAAAAUCUGAACAGACGCAAACGUAUGCUAUAAUUAAAGAAGAUGUUUCCUUAAAUGAAAAUUAUCCACCAGGACAAAAGGAAAGGACAGAUAGGAUAAGAAGAACUUGCAAUAACAGGAAUUUAUUACGUGACAAUGGAUACUACGGUCAUAAUAGCACUAGGUUUUAUUAUUCUUCUAAAUAUAAAUUCUCAUAUUGCAAGGUUCCGAAAUCUGGGUCAACAUUUUGGACUCAAGUUUUUGGAAUUCUUAAAUAUGGAGUUAAAGUCUCAGAUAAAGUGUUUUCGAAAAAAAGAUCAAGUGUGCAUGGUUCAAUGGGAUCAUUUAUGGUAGAUUUUUUUAGUAAUUCACGAAAGAAUUCAUUGUCCGUUUUAGUGUCACGUGACCCAUUCAGUCGGUUGUAUUCAGCAUAUAUCGAUAAAUCAUACUUGCUUCUGAACUUUAAAACAAACAUUCGUAUUAGACUCCUUAGACCAACGGUGCAUAAUAGGCAGUGCCCAGUUGAUGUAACAUUUCAAGAAUUUCUCGAUUUUAUCAUACUUGCUGCAAGACAAAAUCGAACAUUAAAUCGUCACUGGGCACCUAUUUAUAGCCUUUGCCGUCCAUGUGAUGUAAACGCUUACAUACUAGUAAAACAAGAAAGCUUUUCAAAAGACACAGAGUUAGCAUUGCAAGCGUUUGGUGUUGAGAAUAGCAAACUUGACGUAAUAAAGUCAGCGCUUCAUGAUCACAAAGUUGAAACGACAGUCCCUGGUGUUAUAGAAACGGUUUAUAAUAGAAUCAAGAACAGUAAAUUACGAACUUGCGUGGACGGAAGGAACAUUGCAAUGAGACUGUGGAUGUCAUUGAAAAUACAGGGAUACCUGAAAGAGACAUUAAAAUUUCCAAGUCAAAUGUUUAAGAACGAAAUGCUAUACAGUAAUGUAGCCUAUGUAUCACAGGUUAUAUGUCUCUAUAUGUCGGUCAAAACUUUGCUCUUUGGUCUCCUAUAG